AUGGAAAAGUUCGUCCCAUCCGCCACCCAUGAAGUUGCUAUUGUCGAAGAUUUAACCGACAUACCGGACCACGCCUCUGAAAAACAUACCAAUUCGGAAGAAAUUGUCAUCGAUCCAUCGCAGGACGUGCUCCCAAUCACCGUCGAGGAGACUGAAAGUCGAGCGGUUCCCUCCACCCAAGACGUCUGUAUGUUGGACAAUACAAGGGAUGAGGAGGACCGCAAUAUUGGUACCAAGUUUGGUAAUUUUUACAUGUCAGUACCAAGUCUGGGGCUAGACGUUACAAAAAGAAACCCCCCGCACCUCCUUCUGCUAGCCCUGGCCCUAGCCCUCACCCUCCCGCCCGCCGCGCCGCAGCCGGCGCCGGGGUCGGCGGCGGAGCCGCAAGAGGACGACGCGCGGUGCCUCAAGGGCGUCAAGGCCGACCUCAGGGACCCCGAGGGCCGCCUCACCUCCUGGACCAGCAACACCUCGGCGGGCGCCGUCUGCGACUUCUCCGGCAUCUCCUGCUGGAACCCGCAGGAGUCGCGCAUCCUCGCCGUCUCCCUCUCCGGCUUCGGCCUCCAGGGCAAAAUCCCCCCCGCGCUCCAGUACUGCCGCUCCGCCAACACGCUCGACCUCUCCUCCAACGCGCUCGAGGGCCAGAUACCCCCCGCGCUCUGCGACUGGAUCCCCUUCGUCGUCAACCUCGACCUCUCCGGCAACCGCCUCACCGGCCCGCUCCCCUCCGAGCUCGCCAACUGCCGCUUCCUCAACUCGCUCAAGCUCAGCGACAACGCCUUCUCCGGCCAGAUCCCCGCCUCCCUCGCGUGCCUCGACCGCCUCAAGGCGCUCGACCUCUCCGGGAACCGCCUCGAGGGCCAGAUCCCGUCCCAGCUCGGCUCUGCCUUCUCCAAGGACUCCUUCUCUGGGAACUCGGGCCUCUGCGGCCACCCCGUGUCCUCGCGCUGCGGCAGCGGCCUUGGGGGCACCGGCCUCGGCAUCGUUAUUGCUGCCGGGGUCUUCGGCGCCGCCGCUUCGCUGCUCCUCGCCUUCUUCUUCUGGCGAUGCACCGGGAAGGGCAAGGUUGGCCGCCGCCGCCAGGGCCGCGGAGGAAGCGAGUCGGAGGUCACUGCGACUUAUCCAGAUCGGGCGCCGCCGCGCGUGAGGACGAAGGAGGUGCGGGGGGUUUCUGCAAAAAAAUGCCACGUCAGCAGCUGA